AUGGAUCUCAUUGAUCGAUCUUUGUUCAAGUUUUCGGAAGAUAAGCUCAAACAUACCCUCGAGAAUAUAUAUGAUCUCGCUGCUUUGAAUGGAAUUUUAAAACUAACUCCGGAUGGUCGUAUUGUUAUUCUCCAGCACACAUUUCUACCUUCUCCGUUUCCUAAAGCUGAAUUUGAAGAGGCCGUUAAUAUCCAACAGUCAUUUAAUAGCCUUUUCCUGAAAGUCGCUUCCGAUUAUGAUUUUCUAGAGUCGGUUUUUAAACCUGUUCUUUCUCAGGAUGACUAUGUUCGAAAUUUAUGGGAAAUAUACAAAACUGACCAGUUGUUUGGGCCCGUUCAAUCGCUAAGGCUGUCUUUAAAUCGUUCAGACUAUAUGCUUCAUGCUGCUCUUCCUGGUUCUCCUUUAAAACAGGUGGAGAUGAAUUUCAUUGCAGCGAGUUUUGGUGGUGUAAUGGAACGUCUGGUCAAAGCUCAUCAAUUUCGACUCCAUCAGUUAUUGGGCUGCGACGCUCCUCAGGUGCGGCUACCUGAAUGUCCAUCAGCCACAAAAUUCGGGCUAGCUCUAGCUCAUACUGUUGGCGAAUACUCACGAAAAUGUCAGCACAUUCCCCAGUCUACCUUGAUUCCUUUACCGCCCGAAAUCCCCGCCAUAUUAGUCGUGAUUUCCGAUUGUGAGACAAAUAUUUUUGAUCAGCGCAGCAUCGAGGAGGCUGUUCUACGCGCCAACCCCUCUAUUCCCAUUCUGAGACGCACUUUUGCUGAGCUUGAAUUGAUCAAAGGUAGAGUUGUCGUAGAAUCUGAGACCCGUCGGCUCUUUGUUGAUGGACAUGAAAUUGGAGUUAUUUACUACCGCACUGGUUACGCUCCGGAUCACUUUAAUGAGGAGGCUUGGAGAACGAAACUACUACUUGAGAGAAGUCUGGCAGUUAAGUGUCCCUCAGUAGACUACCUUUUGGCCAACAUGAAGUUAGUUCAGACAGCGCUGGCGUCGGGUCCAGCUGUGCUGUCUCGCUUUGGAAAUGAAGCUGAGGUGGAGAGGUUGGCUAGAACCUUCGCCAAACAGACAGUACUCUCCACCGAUUUUCAUUUUGCCGACGCUGCUGUUAUCGAUCAUAUGGUGACUGAAUGCAGGAAAGAUCCCAACAAAUUUGUUCUGAAGCCUCAAAGAGAAGGGGGUAGUAAUAAUAUCUUCGGAGACGAUAUCAUACACAAACUGGAUGAAAUAAUGGGCAAACCCGAAGCCAACGCAUACAUUCUUAUGGAGAAAUUCGAACCCCUCAUGGUCGAAAAUUGCGUUGUUGGAGCCGAUCACGCACCACCAAUCCCGAGAAAAAUGGUCUCAGAAUUGGGUAUCUACGGGAUUCUGCUCAGCGACAACAAAGUUGAAAUAAUGAACGAUCAUGCUGGCCACCUUCUGCGAACAAAGUUUGUCGGAGUAGAUGAAGGCGGAGUUGUCACUGGAUAUGCGAGCCUCGACACUCCACUGCUUGUUUGA